CAUUCUUUGAUAGCCCAAUGCCCGCCCACCCACAGCUACUCUAGCCCACUGAAACCACAAUACCACAUCUUCUCCAAACCCUAGCCUCACUUGUGUCCCGCCAACCCAUCCUCUCCAACCUCACAUAGCGGCCGCCACCGCUUCGCAGUCCGCCAUCAAAUCGUCAUCGUUCCGCCAUCUUCUCCUUCACGCGGACACCACGACGGAAGAGGAGAGGAGAUCGCCAACAUGCAAAGUACAUCCACAGCUGAUCCAACCUGUUGGCGGAGCAAAGAGCGGUCAGUAAAGGCGGAGAGGGAAGUCGAAAAUCGAGGCAGAGAGCGGAGCCGGAGAGGCAAGAGCCGGAUAGAGGAAUUGGUGGCUGCCGUCUUAUGCAGAUUCUUCCGAGAGGAGGGAGAUAGUGGCGGCGGUGGGAGACAGGCGGAGCGCUCAGUAGGGGCGGCGAGGAAGUCGGAGAUCGAGAGAUUGGUGACGGUCGUUUCUGUAAAUUCUUCUGAGAGAGCAAUAGAUGGAGAGGAGGGAGAGAGUAGCGGUAGAGAAGGGAGAGAGUGGUGGCGGAGAAUGAGGGAAAAAAGAGAGGAGGGGAGUGAGGCGAUGAUAUUUCGGUUAGGGCCUUGAAACCGGACCGAACUGAGAUAUAAUUCGGUUUGGCCAAAUCCAACCGAAUUAUAUCUCGGUUCGAAUUCGGUUGGGGGAUAUCUGGGUUCGGAACAUCGGUAGAUGCCAGUUCGGUUCGGUUCAAACCGAACCGACCGAACGCCCACCCCUACACAAAUCCAAUAUGGGAUCCAAAAAGCAAACAUGCACUUUUGGAAAUCCAUCACAAAUCCAAAGUAACAAAAUCACACAUAAUCCUUCAUCCAUAAAAUCCAAGAUUUUAUCUAAAUCGUUCAUUUUCUAAAAUCCUACAAGCAAAUAACCUAGUUGAUUACUAUCGCUUGACGGUGGUGGACUAAUAUUUCCGAAGCUGGACCCGUUAGUUUUCUUUGUAGAAGUAGAAACUCAUAAUUUUCUUCCAUGACUGGCGGGGCUAGUUCGUAAGUUCCUCUUCGGAGCACUAAUUUAGUCUGCAACAAGAAUUAAAAUACCGUAUCGGAGUUCAUAUCAGAAAAGUCAAUAAUAAAGUAUUUUAUGUUGAAACCGUGGUUCAAAACCGUUACAUACCACUAAAUACUGUCUACCUGUUUUACAUCCGGCAUCAAGUUUUUCUAGUCGAACCGCCUUUAUUUUCGGCCUAAGACUAACUUCAACCGGUAAAGUUAAAUUUGGCUCCCCAAAUAGCCAAAUAUGGCUUUUUAGCUCCCCAAAUCCCAUUUUCACUCCAACCCUACACAAAGCUAAUUUCGCUUCCCAUCUCCCUUUUUUCAAUUUAUUACAAUAAACCAUACUUAUUUGACCUCUAAUUUUCAUAUUUCACUUUAAUUAUUCUAUAGUUAGUUAUUACUUUUGAAACCAUAGUUGAUAUGGACAGGUAAGAGAAGGGGAAUCUACCAUCUCCAACUUGUCAGUCAAAAUAUUUGCAUAGACGACAGAGAAGAACCCUCUGGCCUUUUUAGUACUUUGGGUUUUGACGUAAAUAACAAAGGGUACGUUUGGCUACAGAGCAUCAUUUAUUGAUCACCCCGUUUGGGCACUUGCUCUUUUUGUCCAGGUUAAUUUUUAGUCAUUUCAAGUUGUUAUUUUAUCUACCAUAUAUUACCCAUUGCCGUCACGAUAGUGAUGGCAAUUUCAACCCGCCCCGCGGGUAUUAGCCGACCUGACCCGCGAUGGGACGGGUAUUACUCGACCCGCAGUAGUGUGGGGCGGGGCAUGGAUAUCUACUUUCGACCCGCCCUGCCCCGCCCCGUUCUAGACUCAUUUUAUCUCAAUUUCUUACAAUAUCUAUACAUAUUUCUCCUAUUUUGACUUUUCUUCAACUAGUUAGAGUCGAUCUUUCAACUUAAUAGGCUCAAUUAUCCAUUCUAUUAUCAAUAUUUUUCAUUCUUAAAGUGUUUUUCCCUACGUUUUAUUGUAAAAAGUAAAAUUUACUUGUAUUUUUUUUUGAACAACAUGUAAGAGUGGGUCGACCCGCCCUGCCCCGUACCCGCGCGGGUUUUACCCGCCCCGACUCGUAGUAGCAUGGGGCGGGGCAUGGGAAUUGAGGUACCCGCCCCGCCCCGCCCCAUUGCCAUCACUACGUCACGAGUGACAAGUGUAAAUUGUCAUGGCGUCGUUCUUACGAUCAUGGAGAAUUAUUUGUACACAAUCCAAUAUCGAUAGGUUGUGACUUGUGACUUGUGAGCACUAUGAUCGGGUUGCUCUUGGGGUCAUUUCUGUAUCAUGUAAUAUACUUUUUGCGACUUA